AUCGUAGUGUAAAUUGCUCUGUACAUAGGAAAAUUGAAUGACGAGAAAUGGACUUGGGUCUUUCCAAAAAGAGCAAACCUAAUCCAAGGGAAAGAGCUAAUAUUUUAUCCAUCGCAACGAUAUCGUAUACGAUACCUACGUUUAGCCUUGGAUAUAAAAAGGAUAUAGAAGUAUCAGACUUGUACGAAACAUUUUCUGGACACCAGUCACAAGCGUUAGGAGAUCGAAUAGAAGAAUUAUGGGGAACGGAAGAGACAUUGGCCUCAAAAUCGAAAAGGAAACCUUCGCUUGGACGUGUCUUGGUUCGUAUGUUUGGUUUGAGCUACCUCAAACGAGGGAUCCUAUGUCUUAUAAUUGAAUUCGUAGCGAGAAUUUUUCAGCCCCUACUAUUGGGAGAGCUUAUAACGUAUUUUUCUCCCGGUCAAACUACGAUGACCAAAAAUGAGGCGUACGGGUAUGCAGGUGGCGUGGUUGCCUGUUCACUCUUGCAGGUACUAAUUUUGGCGCCCUACAUACUAGAGCUUGCCCAUAUUGGCAUGAAGAUGAGGGUAGCUUGUUGUUCGUUGGUUUAUCGAAAAGCACUCAAACUGAGCAGAACGGCGCUCGGAGAAACUACAGUUGGGCAAAUGGUAAAUUUGUUGUCGAAUGAUGUCAAUAGAUUUGACUCGGCGACCCUAUUUGCCCAGUACUUGGUGGUUGGUCCUUUGCAAGCAGGUCUUGCAACUUAUUUAAUGUACAGGGAAGUUGGCAUCUCGGCAGUGAUAGGUGUAUCGGCUUCAUUUCUGUUCAUCGCUGGUCAAUUUGUGUUUGCAAAGUUCAUUGCAAAACUUCGUAAUAAAACAGCGUAUAGGACUGACGAAAGGGUGCGUUUAAUGAAUGAAGUUGUUACAGGAAUACAGGUGAUAAAGAUGUACACUUGGGAAAAACCAUUUGCCAAAUUCGUGGCGUUCAUUCGAAGAAAUGAAAUUAAGUACAUACGUAGCGCUUCCUACAUACGUGGAAUGAUGUACUCAUUUUUCCUGUUUUCAACUCAAUUUUCUCUGUUCGUAUCAAUAUUGACCUACGUGCUAUUUGGCAACCAUAUUUCAGCCAGGAAAGUAUUUGUUCUCACAUCAUUAUAUAACGUUAUACGUAUCAAUAUGUACAACAUAUUCACGCAAGCAGUCGCCCAAGUAUCGGAAGCCCUUGUCUCGAUUACACGUCUGAAUGAAUUUUUAAGACGUAGUGAGAAAUCCAUCCCGCUCUUGUCCAACAAUCGUACAGGCGAAAUUCAGAACUCCUCCCUUGAAAAGGUGGAUGCUAUCGAGAUCGGUAAUGGUAUAGCAAAAUGGAAUGAAUUUUCAAGCGACAAUGUGUUUGAGAAUCUAAAUUUAAGGGUUAAACAAGGGUCGGUUGUUGCCAUAAUCGGACCGGUCGGCAGCGGGAAAAGUAGCCUAUUGCAAUUAAUUUUGAAGGAACUACCUUUAUCUGACGGCCAAUUGAAAAUAAAUGGAAACAUAAGCUAUGCAUCCCAAGAACCUUGGCUCUUCACAGGAACUGUUCGUAAAAAUAUUCUAUUUAACAACGAUUACAAUAGGACUCGUUACAAAGACGUAGUGAAAAAAUGUUCUUUAAAAAGAGACCUUUCUCUUCUUCCACAUGGGGACGUAACCGUCGUCGGCGAACGCGGUAUAUCUCUAAGCGGCGGACAACGAGCUAGAAUAAAUCUGGCAAGGGCGGUCUAUCAAGACGCAGACAUUUACUUGCUUGAUGACCCACUUUCAGCAGUUGAUACACACGUGGCAAGAGAACUGUUCGAUAGGUGCGUUACCGGGUUUUUGCGCGGAAAAACGGUUAUCCUAGUCACCCACCAGCUGCAAUUUUUGAAAGAUGUUGAUAAAAUAAUUAUCAUAGAACAAGGCGCGAUCAAAGCAGAAGGCACAUUUGAAGAAUUACAAGGAUCUGGUUUGGACUUUGCUAAGCUUCUAAAUGUAGAUGAAGAACAAAAGGCGGAGCGCGUAAAAAUUGCGAGACAAAAUUCAAUUUCCAGCACAACGUCCUUCGAGGAAACUAUUCAAGAAGCAAUACAAGAAAAUGAAGAACAACGAUCCAAGGGAACUGUUUCCGUAGACGUAUAUAGAUCGUAUAUACAUGCAGGAACAAAUUGGUUUGUUGUAUUCAUCGUGCUCUUCUUAUUCGUUGCUUCGCAGACGGCAGUCAGUUUCGGUGACGUAUUUUUGUCAAGGUGGGUUACUGUAGAAGAAAACAGAUAUAAUGGUGGAGAUCGGGUUGAAGGCUUCUGGAAUUUUUCAACCGAUACCUUUACGUACAUUUAUAUAGGAAUUAUAGCUGCAACGGUAACAUUUGCAAUAUCGCGAUCGUUAAUGUUUUUCACAGUUUGUAUGAAAUCAUCCAUCAAAUUGCACGACAAUAUGUUUGAAAGCAUUAGCAGAGCGACCAUGCGCUUCUUUAACACAAAUCCGUCGGGCAGGAUCUUCAAUCGCUUUUCUAAGGAUAUGGGUGCCAUUGAUGAGCUACUGCCGAUUGCAAUGAUAGACUUCUUCCAAAUAUUCCUGAUGCUUAUCGGUACAAUUAUAGUAAUCAUAACGGCCAACGUUUGGCUUCUUAUACCGACCGCAGUGUUAGCAAUCAUCUUUUACUUUUUAAGGCGGUUAUAUUUGACUACAAGUCGUAAUGUAAAGCGCCUAGAAGGGGUCACACGCAGUCCCGUUUUCGGUCAUUUAAAUGCGUCGCUUCAAGGACUGACAACCAUUCGCGCUCUUAGGGCAGAAUCGGUUCUAAUUAAUGAAUUCGAUAGUCUUCAAGAUUUACAUAGUACAACAUGGUUCCUUUUUAUAGCCACAUCUCGUGCCUUUGCCUAUUGGUUAGAUAUAGUCUGCGUUAUCUACGUCGCCUUGGUGGCAUUCAGCUUUCUAAUCAUUGGAGAUUCGACGUCCGGUGGAAACGUAGGCUUGGCAAUAACGCAAUCUAUGGGACUUCUAGGAUUCCUCCAAUUAGGGGUGAGACAAUCCGCUGAAGUUGAAAAUCAAAUGACGGCAGUUGAACGAGUUCUCGAGUAUAACAAAAUAGAACACGAACGAGUGGAAAAGAAAGAAGAUAAGAAACCGCCCAAAGUUUGGCCCGAGCACGGCGAAGUGAAGUUUGUUGACGUAUACCUAAGUUACUUUCCCGAAGAUCCUCCAGUGCUUAAGAAUCUGUCGUUCACCAUAAAACCUCUAGAAAAAAUCGGAAUAGUCGGAAGAACCGGUGCUGGAAAAUCGUCGCUAAUCAACGCUCUCUUCCAACUUACCGACACCGACGGGGGGAUCUUAAUCGAUGGUAUCGACGUGAAAGAGGUGGGCCUCGACGAUCUGCGGUCGCGAAUAUCGAUCAUUCCACAAGAACCCGUGCUAUUCUCGGGGACUAUGAGAAAAAAUUUAGAUCCAUUCGACGAAUAUUCCGAUGAUGUUGUUUGGAAGUCUUUAGAAGACGUGAAAUUGAAGCAUACAAUCGCUGAACUUAAUUUAGGUUUACACUCCGCCGUGAAGGAGGGAGGCUCUAAUUUCAGUGUCGGUCAGAGACAACUUAUAUGUUUAGCUCGAGCCAUACUACGUAACAACAAAAUUUUGAUAUUGGAUGAGGCAACUGCAAAUGUGGAUCCACAAACCGAUGCUCUGAUACAAUGUACCAUAAGAAAACAAUUUGCUCAAUGUACCGUCCUUACAAUAGCACAUCGUCUGAACACCAUCAUGGAUUCUGACAAAGUAUUAGUAAUGGAUGCCGGAACUAUGGUAGAAUUUGACCAUCCUCAUCUUCUGUUACAAAAUACGAAUGGGAUAUUGUUCAGGAUGGUUUUACAAACCGGGCCAAGUAUUAGUGAGGUUCUUACAAAACUCGCGAAGGAGAGUUACGAAAGAGUGUUUGGGAUUCACCAGACUGAUUAGUUCCUAUUCAAUCGCGUAGAUUUUAUUAAUAAUUUAUUAAUAUACAUAACAUAAGAAAUAAAUUCUGUGAUAACUCA